AUGUCAUCCUCCGAGUCCAGUCCCCUGGUACAGGACAUCGCUGCCCGCCUCGCCUCGCAGCUUGGUCUGCCACAGCCCAACUCCCUCUUAGCGUCCCGAGUCAUCUCUAUCGCCACCUCGACACCGACUGAAGCAGCAUUCAUCAAGGCAGCCAAGGGAUUCGGACGCUUCUCUGACGACUUUCUCGCCGAAAUCAGAGAUAAGAUCCGGAGUGAGAAGGGUGACAAUGCUAAUGGAGCUCCUGCUAGCGUAGGCGUUGUAUCGAGGGCUGAUGUCAAUCGGGGAAUCAAGAUCACAGAGGGCGAGAGGCUCGCCCCAGAGAAGCCUAUACGAGCUGGCCUCAAUGUCAUGGACAAUGCAGAGAAACAUGUCUUCCGUCGUACUAAUGGCUCGAGCUCACGGUCCUCGCUUCUUGGGCUCGAUCGUCUGGCCGAAGAGAAGCGGGGCGAGAGCUCGUCCUCCUCUGCAGCCCCACGUAAAAAGGCGAGGAUCGAAGAGCUUCCUGAUUUGGAUGAGGGAGGACGCUCUGCCCCCGUUCAACCUCAAUUCAAAGUCCCUGCUCGCCCCACUACACAAGGCCAAGCUCAGCGGAGACAACGUCCAGAUGAGACACCCAGCCAUACUGGCGGCCUCAGCGAGGCGGCAAAGGCGAGGCUCGCUGAUCGAAGACGGACCAGAGAUGCCACUGGGCCAAACGCCACGAAUGGCACGACGCAGGAGGAUGGGUCAGGCAAGGAGCGCUUUGAGGAUUUCCGCAGGCGCCUGAAUAGGGACGUUGACGAUAGAAGGAAUGCUUCCAGAGGAGGCGAAGCAGACAGGGAGGGAGAUUCCUCUCGCCAAAGAUAUGACGAUCCUUCUAGCACUCCCAGCUCCCAUGCACCCCUCCCGAACAGGUCUUGGGAUUCCACACCCAGGAGCUCUCAUGGUGGAAGAGGAUGGGAUGCUACGCCUCGCCGAGGACACUAUGACCAGACGCCUAUGGCAAGCCGAAGUUCUUGGGAUUCCACGCCCCGGUCAGCAAGGGAUGACGAUACGAGGUUGACUCUGGCGGGCAGAGCGUGGGAUCAAGAAGAAGCAGAAGGUCUCGCCACCGCCGCCACUGGAGAAGACGACCUUGGUCUUGAUCGUGACUGGUACCGGAUGGAGGAAGGUGAUGGAGUCGCUGGUGAUGACGAGAACAACCCUUUCGCUCAAUACGAAGAUCUAGCCGGUAAUGCUGCUGCUGCUCCGAUAGCUCAGAGGACAGCCAAGAUCACUGCUCGACAGGCAGCCAAGAAUGCAGACGUGGAUGCAUGGGAGACCAACAGGAUGCAGACCUCCGGAGUCGGUCCUGCUCGGACAUUCGACAUGGACAAUAUGGACGACGACACCGAGAAUCGGAUCCAUCUACUCGUGCAUGAUCUUCGACCACCCUUCCUUGACGGCAAGACUGUCUUCACAAAGCAGCUGGAGCCCGUGAACCCUAUCCGAGACCCUACGAGCGAUCUAGCAAUGUUCGCCAAGAAGGGCUCAAGACUGGUUCGUGAGCGUAGGGAACAGGCGGAGAGGCAGAAAGCGGCUGCAAAGGCUGCUGCCCUCGGUGGGACUGCCCUGGGCAACAUUAUGGGUGUCAAGGAGGAGGAAGAGCGAGACUCGAAAGGCCGCAAGAUCAACGGCGUAGAGGAUGAGAGUGAGAACGCCGAAGUCGACGGCAAAGCAGACGACGGCUCGCUAGACCCCCGCUCUGACAGCAAGUUUGCAACUCAUCUCAAGAAGGCAGAAUCAGGAGCUUCAGAGUUCUCCCGUGGUAAGACGCUCAAAGAGCAGCGGCAGUUCCUACCAGCCUUUGCUGUCCGUGACGAUCUCAUGAAGGUGCUACGAGAGAACCAAGUCGUCAUCGUCAUCGGAGAGACAGGAUCUGAAGGCUACACAAAGCAUGGUAUGAUCGGCUCCAUGUCAGUGGCGAAGCUCGCGCUAGGCGGCCUCGUCGGCUAUUCCAUCCGUUUCGAGGACUACAUGACGGACGGCGACCUCGACAAAUACUCUGCCAUCAUCUUGGAUGAGGCUCACGAGCGCAGUCUGAGUACAGAUAAGAUCCUCACACGGCGAAGGGACCUCAAGCUCAUCUUCGCACUUUUCUACGGCGGAGCUCCGAAUUUCACAAUUCCCGGACGUACCUUCCCGGUGCAGAUUGAGUGGUCAAACGCUCCCUGCGAUGACUAUAUUCACAUCUCGUGCGGUCCUGGAGACAUUCUCGUCUUCAUGACCGGUCAGGAAGAUAUCGAGGGGUGUGCCGACGUUAUUGAGAACACGGAUCCGAUGCUCAUGCCUGCCGACCUGCAAGCCAAGAUCUUCAAUGCAGCGCCGAAUGGGGAGCGCAAGUGCAUCAUCGCCACCAACAUUGCCGAGACGUCCCUGACCGUCGAUGGUAUCAUGUACCUCAAGGUAUACAAUCCUCGCAUUACGCCGAUUGCGCAGGCCAAUGCCAACCAGCGUAUGGGACGAGCGGGAAGGACCGGGCCAGGUACGGCCUUCAGACUGUACACCGAGUCUGCAUUCCUGCAGGAGAUGUUCCCGAACUCUAUCCCAGAGAUUCAGCGUACGAACUUGGCCAACACUAUCUUGCUGCUCAAGUCUCUAGGAGUCAAGGAUCUCUUGACAUUCGACUGGAUGGAUCCUCCCCCGCAAGAGAACAUUCUUAAUUCGAUGUACCAGCUCUGGGUCCUGGGCGCCUUGGACAAUAGAAUGUCAGAGUUUCCCAUGGAACCCUCGCUUUCCUCUGUGCUCAUCGCUUCUGCGACCAAGUACGCUUGCUCGGCUGAGAUGCUGACCAUCGUCGCCAUGUUGAGCGUGCCUAGCGUCUUCUAUCGACCAAAGGAGCGACAGGAGGAGUCGGAUCAGGCGAGGGAGAGAUUCCACGUUGCUGAGUCGGACCAUCUCACCUUGCUCAUGGUGUACUCACAGUGGAAGAGCAACAGCUACAGGGAUUCGUGGUGCAAUGCUCACUUUCUGCACGGCAAGAUUCUACGCAAAGCCCGCGAAGUGCGCGCGCAGCUCGAAGACAUCAUGAAGGCGCUGAAGUUGCCCCUGGUUUCCUGCGGUACCGACUGGGACACCAUCCGCAAGUGUCUUGUCGAGGGGUACUUUCACCAAGCCGGUCGCGUAAAAGGCAUUGGCGAGUACGUGCACUGUCGCACAGGCAUUCCCAUGAACCUCCACCCUACAUCCGCCCUGUACGGACUGGGCUUCCUGCCAGACUAUGUCAUCUACCACGAGCUCACCCUUACCUCCAAGGAGUACAUGACGCAAGUCACCGCCGUUGACCCUCACUGGCUCGCCGAAGUGGGGUCCGUCUUCUACUCUAUCCGUGAACGAAACGUGACUGGUUCCUCCACUAGGGCGAAUCGCGACUUGGAGUUUUCGAGAAAGGCAGAGAUUCAGGAGAGUUUUGCGAGGGAUGUGGCUAGGAGAAAGGAAGUCGAGGAGAGGAGGGCGAAGAGGGAGAUGGGUGAGGCGCCCAAGAUUGCUACGCCGGGAGCGGCAGCUACACCCAGGAGGGGAAGGAGGGUGAUAGGUUGA